AAAUAGCUUGGGAACCCAGCCUUGUCUGGAAAAUAAUUUCCUUAAUAAACUCAACCUACUCAACUUGGAGUUGUUAGACCAGGAGAUGAGAAGCUUGACAGCCUGACAAAUGAUCUCACGAAUAAUAACGCUCCAGAAAAGCAAGUUAGUUCAAAGAAAGAUAAAGAUGAAUCUGAACCUCAACAUGAAGAAAGAUCAAAAUCUGUUCCGUUCUUCCAGCUCUUUAAGUUCUCUACAACAAGGGAGAAGGUAUUAAUAAUGAUAGGGGUGCUGGCUGCUGUGGCGGGCGGCUGCUCAAUGCCCGUCAUGAUCAUUUUGUUCGGUCAACUAGCUAAUGCAUUUGUUUCAGAGGCCCAGACAGAGGGAUGCACAAAUGCAGAGGGGGUAUUCAGUAUUUCAUUACCAAAUUGUACAUUUGAUCCAGAGGCACUGGAUCUUGGAAAAGAUUUAUUCUACGCUGAGAUUAGUAAGUUCGGAGGAGGAGCAUCUAUUAUAGGCCUGGUGAAUCUUAUCUCCAGUUACUUAUUUGUAACCUGCCUUAAUCAUGCUGCUGAGAGUCAAGUCUUCAGAAUUCGAACAAUGUUCCUUAAGGCUAUUCUCAGACAGGAUAUAGGAUGGUAUGAUGUUCAUCAGACUGGGGAUUUUGCAAAUAAAAUCACAGACGACCUUAAUAAACUUCAGGAGGGAAUUGGUGAGAAAAUUGGAAUGUUCAUUUUCUUCCUCACAAUAUUUAUUGCUUCUCUUACCAACGCCUUUAUUCACGGAUGGGAGCUUACUUUGGUUAUUCUGGGGGCUAUGCCUGUUCUAAUUAUUGCCAUUGGAUGUCUGGCCCGUGCCCAAGCAGCACUAACUGAGAAGGAGACAGCUGCUUAUGGCAGAGCUGGAUCCAUUGCUCAAGAAGUCCUUGGCACAAUUAGAACUGUAAUUGCUUUUGGAGGGGAGGAACGAGAGGUAGCAAGAUAUAAAUCUAAGCUGGUGUUUGCUCGGAAAGCUGGUAUAAUGCGAGGAAUGUUAACUGGUGUAGGAGCAGGACUCAUGUGGUUUAUCAUCUACUCUAGCUAUGCUCUGGCCUUCUGGUACGGUGUCAAGCUCAUCAUGGAUGACAGAGAACUGUGUAUGCUUGAUCCCGCUGGCUGUAAUCCCAGAUAUACCCCUUCAAGCCUUCUUAUUGUAUUUUUCUCUGUAUUAAUGGGAGCUAUGAACCUAGGGCAGGCUAGUCCGUAUGUGGAAGCAUUUUCUAUAGCAAAAGGAUCAGCAGCAAAAAUAUACAGCAUCAUGGACAGGAUCCCUCCAAUUGACAGUAGCAGCACAGCAGGGGUAAGGCCUGAGCAACUAGCUGGUAAAAUACAGAUAAAUGAUGUUCACUUUAGUUACCCAUCACGCAGCGAAGUUCCAAUACUAAAAGGCCUGAGUCUGACAAUUGAGCCUGGAAAAACAGUUGCAUUGGUUGGACCAAGCGGAUGUGGGAAAAGUACUGUUAUUCAGAUGAUUCAGAGGUUUUAUGACCCAUCUACUGGUGGGGUUGUUCUUGAUGGAGUUGACCUUAAAAAUGUUAACCUUGGCUGGUUGCGUGACCAAAUUGGAGUAGUAGGCCAAGAACCUGUCCUCUUUGGUACUUCCAUAGCAGAAAACAUCAGGUUUGGGAAAGAGGGAGUGACCGAGGAAGAAAUCACACAAGCCUGCAAAGAGGCAAACGCCUAUGGAUUCAUUCAAAAGCUUCCAAAGAAAAUGGAAACGUUAGUGGGUGACAAGGGAGCUCAAUUGUCAGGUGGCCAAAAGCAGAGAAUUGCAAUUGCAAGAGCACUUGUCAGAAAUCCCAAGAUUCUUCUUUUGGAUGAGGCAACCUCUGCUCUGGACACUGCAAGUGAAGCAUGUGUUCAGGCAGCACUUGAUCGUGCUAAAUGUGGCAGAACUACUAUUAUUGUUGCCCAUCGGUUGUCAACAGUUCGAUCAGCAGACAAAAUAAUUGCAAUAAAGGAUGGUCAAGUGGAGGAGGAAGGCACUCAUGAUCAAUUAAUGUUAAAGCAAGGAUUGUAUUUCUCCUUAGUAACAACUCAAAUGAGCAAAGAAGAAGACCCUGAUCCAGAAGAACUAGAUGAUUAUGAACCUUUGAGAGAGAUGGAAAGCCUUACAGAAUCUGAAUUACCAUCUUUAAACUCAAUUAGUUCAUUUACAGGUCCAUUCAGGAAGAAAUCUGCUGUAGAUAGAAAAAUAAGUGUGCUCAGCAACUAUAGUACAUACAGUGAGGACUCACUAGGUUUCGAGGAUGCUCUUGAGGCUGCAACUUCAGCAGUUGGAAUUGCACGUGCAGGAUCUACAAGCACAAGCAGAAGGUCUAAGAAAAGUGUUGUGAGAAUGGAGUCAGAAUCCCUUGCAUUGCCUGAAUCUGUUGAGGAAGAACUGGUACAAGUUGACAGCUUGAGAAUUAUGAAAAUGAAUUCAAAGGAAUGGCCCUUUGUAGUCGUUGGAAUGAUUGGAAGUAUAGUAAUGGGUGGAGCUAUGCCUGUUUAUGCCAUUCUUUUUGGAGAAGUUCUUGGUACCCUUAAGUUAAGUACAGAAGAAGCAAGAGAACAGUCUGUAUAUUUCAGUGGACUAUUUCUUGCAACUGGAAUAACUGCAGGCAUUGCAAUUUUCCUUCAGAUUUCCAUGUUCACUGUAGCCGGUGAAUACCUAACUCAACGAAUGAGAAAACUUGCUUUUGCUGCCAUGCUGAGACAAGAAAUGGGAUGGUUUGAUAGACCAGAAAACAGUGUAGGAGCCCUGCUGUCAAGGCUAGCAGCUGAUGCAUCUGCAAUACAAGGAGCCACGGGGAGUAGAAUCGGAGCCAUUCUUCAUGCUGCAUUUACACUCAUUAUUUCCAUCACAACAUCACUGGUACUUGAAUGGAGGCUUGGCCUGCUAGGAUGUGUAUUUGUUCCACUUGUACUCAUUGGAACCAUGGCUCAAUUCAGAAUAAUUAGUGCACAGGAUAGUGUAGAAAAAUCUGCCCUUCAAAAAGCCUCAAAGUUAGCAAUUGAGGCCAUUGGAAACAUCCGUACAGUUGUUGGAUUAAGAAAAGAAUCAUUUUUUAUUAAUGAGUAUGAGAAGGAACUUCUCGGUCCACAUGAGGCAAGUAAAACAAAAUCUCACCUGAGAGGAAUCAUUUUUGGAUUUUCUCAGUCAAUGCCAUUUUUUGCCUAUGCUGGGUGCAUGUACUAUGGUGGAUAUCUGGUUUAUAAUGAGAACUUGGACUACAAAUUAGUUUUUAAAGUGGCAGAGGCGCUUAUCCUUGGUACAAUGAUGGUGGGACAGGCAUCUGCGUUUGCUCCAAACUACACAAAAGCAAUGAUUGCUGCAGCCCGAGUGUUUAAUCUCAUAGAUAGAAAACCUCUGAUUGAUUCAGCAGCAGGAUCUGGACUGAGAUUGAACAAAGUAGAGGGAGAGAUAGAAUUCAGGAAUGCUGUAUUUCACUAUCCUAAUAGAAGUCAAGUUCGUGUCUUAAAGAACUUGAAUCUGGCGAUCAGUACAGGAAAAUCGGUAGCCCUUGUUGGACCAUCUGGAUGUGGCAAAUCAACAUGCAUACAGCUCCUUCAACGGUUUUAUGAUCUGAAUGAUGGUGAUAUUACCCUAGAGAACCAUGAUAUAAAUGCACUCAAUGUUCCCUGGGUGAGAUCAAAACUGAGCAUUGUGUCCCAAGAACCUGUUUUGUUCAAUCGAACCCUUGCUGAGAAUAUUUCCUAUGGGGACAAUACUAAAGAUGUAACAAUGGAAGAAGUUAUUGCAGCAGCACGUAAAGCCAACAUUCACCAAUUCAUUACAAACUUACCCCAAGGGUAUGAAACCAAUGUGGGAGAGAAGGGAACACAGUUGUCUGGAGGUCAAAAGCAAAGAAUAGCCAUAGCAAGAGCCCUUGUGCGGAAUCCUCCAAUUAUACUUCUCGAUGAAGCAACAUCUGCUCUUGACACUGAGUCUGAGAAAACAGUACAAACUGCCCUGGACAGUGCACAAAAAGGCAGAACCUCAAUAACCAUAGCCCAUCGUUUAUCAACUGUGAAAAACUGUGAUACAAUAUUUGUAGUGAAUCAUGGGCGUGUUGUUGAAUAUGGGUCACAUGACGACCUUCUACAGAAGAAAGGAACUUAUCAUAAACUUUGGUCUACGCAGGGUGGUGUACCAACUAAAAGACUAUUGAGUAAAAAAAAGGCAUUGUAGUUAAUAGUAUUAAAAGUCAAAUAUAUCUUUACUAAAGGAUAAAUUUCAAUGUAAUUUCCUUGUUUAUUUUUCCUAUCACCUCAUGCCAUAAUAAUGUACUUGUUUAAGAUUUUUGUCAAUAUAUCGAUAAUUUAUA